AACUCCGUAAUUCCACGGAAAAUAAGCUGCCGCCAUUUUCAGUCGUACAUUUCAUUUUCGAGCCUUCGUUGUUUCCGGCGAGCCAUCUAUUUCUCUCAAGCUUUUUAGAGUACUUUCGUUUCUUCCCCAGUCCUGACUUUUUGUAACGCAGGGUCUAGGGCUAAGCAUUUCUUUGAAUUUCAAUAAUGUCAAAAAUAAUGCGACAUUAUCAUUGUGCCUCUGCAAUCUGUAUCUUGUACUUCAUUUCCAUCACCAAACAAUGAACAGUUAACUUGUAGAUCUUUGACAUGAAUGUGAUUAUGUCGAUGCCAACAUUUAAAUGCAGUGUUUUCACCUUAGGACCUGCAGAGGUUGGGUUGUUGAGACCUCUCGUUUCUUCACUCAUGGCAGUAGGUUUUCUCUUUCAACGCCCCAGCCCCUAUUAUUUUUCAACAGUAGCAGCAAUGCCUCAUUUGCAUAAUGUCAAUAUAACUGGAGGAUCGAGCACAUCCAAUUCAUUGAUCGAGAAGUUUGCUGUGUACUGCUACCAGAGGGAUCUCCCAAGAGCCAUGAAUGCCCUUUAUGCCAUGGAAAAACACAAGAUAUCGGCUGAUGCUAUUACCUACUCUGAGCUUAUAAAGUGCUGUGUUACUCGGCGUGCUGUUGAACAUGGCAAACGUGUCCACCAACACAUUUUUUCCAAUGGGUACCAGCCAAAGACCUUCUUACUCAACAUACUUCUUAACAUGUAUGUGAAGUUCAACAUGUUGGACGAAGCACACGCUUUGUUCAACCAAAUGCCUGAGAGAAAUGUUGUCUCCUGGACUACCAUUGUAGCUGCUUACUCUAGUUCUAAGCUCAAUUACAAGGCUUUCAAGCUAUUGAUUCUCAUGCUAAGGGAUGGAGUCCAACCCAAUAUGUAUACUUACUCCUCUGUUCUCAGAUCAUGUGAUGCCCUUUCCAAUCUCACACCUCUUCAUUGUAGCAUCAUUAAGGUGGGGUUGGAGUCUGAUGCCUUUGUCCGCAGCGCGCUGAUUGAUGUCUACUCCAAAAUGGGUCAACUGAAGAGUGCUCUUGAUGUCUUCAAUGAGAUGAAAACACAUGAUCGGGUGGUUUGGAACUCUAUAAUUGGUGGCUUUGCUCAAAACAGUGAUGGCUAUGAAGCCUUGACUCUCUACAUAAAAAUGAAGCGAGCUGGUUUUCCGGCUGACCAGUCAACCCUAACUAGUGGUCUAAGAGCAUGUACCAGUUUGUCACUUUUAGAAGUGGGCAGGCAACUCCAUGUUCAGAUUCUCAAAUUUGAUCAAGACCUCAUACUUCACAAUGCACUUCUUGACAUGUACUGCAAGUGUGGCAGUGUGGACGAUGCUAACCGUACAUUUACUCGGAUGGUGGAGAAGGAUGUCAUCUCAUGGAGCACCAUGAUUAUGGGCUUGGCUCAGAAUGGUUUUAGCAAAAAAGCUCUAGAGCUGUUUGAGGAAAUGAAGAGCUCGGGGAUGAAGCCUAACUACAUCACUGUCCUUGGAGUUCUAUUUGCUUGCAGUCAUGCAGGACUGGUAGAAGAUGGGCAGUAUUACUUCCGAUCAAUGAAGACACUUUUUGGAAUUGAUCCAGUAAGAGAGCAUUAUGGUUGCAUGGUUGAUCUUCUUGGGAGAGCAGGCAAGCUAGAUGAAGCAGUGAAAUUAAUUCAUGAAAUGGAAUGUGAACCGGAUGCUGUGACGUGGAGGACAUUGCUCGGUGCUUGCAGAUUACAUCGAAACAUGGAUCUGGCUGAGUAUGCUGUGAAACAAAUUCUUAAGCUAGACCCAAGUGAUGCUGGAACCUACAUACUGCUCUCCAAUAUUUAUGCACGAACUCAGAAAUGGGAAGAGGCUUCCAAUGUGAGAAGGGCCAUGAGCAACAAAGGAGUCAAGAAAGAACCAGGUUGUAGCUGGAUUGAAGUAAAUAAGCAGAUUCAUGCCUUCAUUUUGGGAGACAAGUCCCACCCACAGAUAAAUGAGAUUGGCAAAGAGCUCAAUCAGGUUAUUACAAGAUUGAAAGAAGUAGGCUAUGUUCCUGAUACCAACUUUGUCUUGCAAGACCUUGAAGGUGAACAGAUGGAAGACUCACUUCUGUACCACAGUGAAAAGCUUGCAAUUGCUUUUGGCAUAAUGAGCUUGCCAAGAGAAAAGACCAUUAGAAUCAGAAAGAAUCUCAGAAUAUGUGGAGACUGUCAUUUAUUUGCAAAACUCUUGACGAAGGUAGAGCAUCGAACCAUUGUCAUCAGAGAUCCAAUCCGCUACCAUCAUUUCCAAGAAGGUAUUUGUUCUUGCAGUGACUACUGGUAGCAGGGAGAUUACUGGCAAACCUUUGCAAAAACUGAAAUUAAAAAAAUGGUAAUACACGGGUAUUUAUGCAAGCCUGUGUCAUAUAUUGUGGGCAAGAGGCAUAUGUAGACUGCGCCUUGAAAUGGCAAGAACAUCACAACAUUCUUUCUACUGCUCUGAAUUAAACCUGUCAUGGGUUCAUAAAUUAUGUUUAUGGAUUGGAGGAUGCAAACUCCUAUACUCUAAGACUAGGCCUUAUAGACGGAGCUUCAGUAGCAGCUUGGUCAGAAGGAAGUUACUUGCAUUAUGUUCAUGCGUAAGUCUUAUUACCAAGGUUACGACGGGUAAUUUUAUCAGCCAAAUUAUAAGUUGUGUGGCCUUGACAGCCAACUACAGGUUGGUUGAUAUUGAAACCAUUUAGGAUAGAGGAAGCCUGUGAUCUCCUUACAGUUCUGCUAUGGAACAUCAUCACCUGUGUCUUCAUUAAAGAUAUAAUCAGUGACAACACUCUUACCAGCUCGCUCAGGACAUUACUUCUAUGUAUUUGUGUUCUUUCAUGUCCACUUGCUUUCUCUGAAUGCCUCGAGGGAGCAUGAAGAUUUGAUUUGAUUAUACUUUCCAGAACUGAAGAAUGUCUUAGCAGAGUUGUUGCUGGAAGAAGGAAGAAACAGUUGGAAGCUGAGUAAGAAGUUGAAGACUUGAAAUGACCAUAAAAUUGCAUGCUGAGGGGACCUAUGAGAAUUGGAUAGCAAAAUUGAAGGCUCCGUUUCGAAGUCUUUAUGGAAAGAGAAAAUAUUAAUGUACUAUUGCCAUUUGAUGGAAAAUAGAGGAAAUUAAUUCUCUUCUGAGUCUAAUAUAGCUGGAGGAUAUGGGAGGUUUGAACCUUGAUCAUAAGUCAUAACCCUGUUGUUGUUAGUUUUCAUCAUAACUCAUCUAAAAGGAAAAGGAAAAAGAAUGAAAUUCUAUUUGAUGUUGUCUUAUAUUUCAUUAUAGCUCACCAGUAACAUACAUACAGUAUUUGUGAAGUUUCAAAAUACAGUAUUCAUCUACCAGUUAAUGGUUCUAUUCACUUUUUCUCAUAUA